AUGGCGAUUUCGGAUAUUGUGAACAUGAACAAUGGCAGCUCUCAUAACAUUAAGAACGAGGAUGAUGACGUUCCUCUUGCGGCACGCAUGAGUUUAAAGCGUUCCUAUUCGUCCAGUGACGAUGACGUUCCGUUGGCCGUAAAAAAAAAAGCGAAGGAGGAAGAAGGUGAAACAGUGUGGAAGUGGUGGGAGGAGAAAAAUAGUGGUGGUAAAUACAAAUGGCGUUUUUUGGAACAUAAUGGCCCAAUGUUUGCCCCUCCGUACGUGCCACUACCUGAGAAUGUUUCUUUCUUCUACGAUGGUCAGCGCAUCAAAUUGUCGGAAGCGGCUGAAGAGGUCGCUGGAUUUUAUGCUAAAAUGUUAGAUCACGACUUUACCAAAAUGGAGGUCUUCAAUAAUAACUUUUUUAAGGAUUGGCAAAGGGUGAUGACUCUUGAGGAAAAACAAGUCAUCAGGAAACUGUCGAAAUGUGAUUUCACUUAUAUGGCGGAAUAUUACAAGAAGAAAGCCGAGGAGAGGAAGAAUAUGCCCAAGGAAGAAAAACAGAAGAUUAAGGAGGAAAAUCAGCGUACAGUGGAGCAGUAUGGAUUUUGUGUACUCGAUGGUCACAAACAGAGAAUCGCUAAUUUCCGUAUUGAACCACCGGGCUUGUUUCGCGGUCGUGGCAAUCACCCGAAAACUGGUAUGCUGAAGAAGCGUAUACUGCCUGAGGACGUUAUCAUUAACUGUUCAAAGGAUGCCAAAGUCCCUUCUCCUCCUCCAGGCCACCGUUGGAAAGAGGUGCGCCAUGAUAACACCGUUACUUGGCUGGCAUGUUGGGUUGAAAAUGUGCAAAAUAACUUCAAAUACGUGAUGCUCAACGCUUCUUCUCGUCUGAAGGGUGAAAAGGACUGGAAAAAGUACGAGGUUGCCAGAAGGCUUCACAGCUGCGUAGACAAAAUUCGUGCAGACUACCGUACAGAUUUUAAGUCCAAAGAAAUGCGUAUUCGUCAACGUGCUGUGGCGCUUUACUUCAUUGACAAGUUGGCCUUGCGUGCUGGCAAUGAAAAAGAUGAAGAUGAGGCAGAUACGGUGGGUUGCUGUUCCUUGCGAUGUGAACACAUUAAACUUCAUGAAGAGUUUGAUGGCAAGCCAUACGUGGUCGAGUUUGACUUCCUCGGCAAGGACUCGAUUCGCUACCAAAAUUCUGUCUCCGUGCCGAAGCGUGUUUUCAAGAAUCUAAAGAUCUUCGUCAAAAACAAGCAAGGCAGCGAUGACCUUUUUGAUCGUCUCAACACAACUACACUAAAUCAGUACCUCCGGGAGUUGAUGGAGGGUCUCACUGCCAAGGUUUUUCGUACUUACAACGCUAGUCGAACUCUUGAGGAGCAGCUCGAACACCUCACCAAUCCGGAUGACAUACCGGCUGAGAAAGUUCUCGCUUACAAUCGUGCCAAUCGAGCUGUCGCCGUUCUUUGCAAUCAUCAGCGUGCUGUGCCUAAGUCUUUCUCCACCUCCAUGGAGAAUUUGCAGAAAAAGAUUGAUGCAAAGAAGGAACAGAUAGCCGAUGUUAUGCGAGAAGCCAGGCAGAUUAAAGCGGACUACACACACUCCAAGACCGCAGCAAAGCGGACUCAGUACGAGAAGUUGAAAAAGCGUCUUGGCACCCUGAAAGAACAAUUGUUGAAACUUCAGGUUCAAGCCACGGACAGGGACGAGAACAAGACCAUUGCCUUGAGUACGAGCAAGCUUAACUACCUGGAUCCUCGGAUCACGGUUGCCUGGUGCAAACGGUACAACAUUCCCAUUGAGAAGGUCUACAAUAGGACGCAACGAGAGAAGUUUAUGUGGGCAAUUCAGAUGGCCACUGAGGAUUACAAGUUUACCGACCUCACCUCCGACAAGGCCACGAAUCAAUUGAAGCAGGAGGAUGAGGAGGAGCCUGAAGACGAGGUGGGGGAUGAAGACGACUUCUGA